UGAAAAAAUCGCCUCAUGUAAAUGCAGCUUUAUUGUCAACUUGCAUUUCAAAAACUGUUUAUCGCCCUGUACUUCCGACAGUUCAUUCCACUGAUUGCCGUUAGUACAUUCCAGAAAAAUUCCAGCAAGUUUGACAUUCUAUUUUCAACUGACGUCCUCGAUGAUAUUGACAUUUCCAUUUAAUUCCCUCGCAGCGAAAUUCUUUCUUCUUUUCUUAAAAUAAUUUUAUGUUUUCUGUUAACAUUUUUUGUGUGAGUUUAUUAACUUUUCAUUUAUCAUCAAACGGAUAACGAGUAGGUGUAAUAUUCUUGGUGAAUAAUUUGCGCAUAAUCAUAGAAAUCUAAACAACGACGGCCGAUUGCGUGAUAGCGUGGAAAAUUUGCGAAAGUUUCUUACAAUUAAAUUACGAAUAUUUGUGUUAGCCGCACUGUUAAGUAUGUCAAGUGUUGGCUAGUUUCAAGCAUAUCAAAUUGAAUUACAGCUGCAAAUACUCGUUAGCUGUUUUUAUUGUGCCUUAAAAAACAAUCGAAUGCGAAAAUUCUGUGCCUUAUACAUAGUACUAAUUAAUAAGACCAACCAUAAAUAGUGGGUUAAUAAAGUUCUUCUGUGUAGGCGGCGGGCCAAAUUCGUAAACCCAAAGCAGUGUAUGGGGAUAAAGAUUGUGUAAUUAAUAUGCAAAUGGCCAACGAUACUACAAAAAGGUGCGUGUGGCUGUCGCUGCUCCAGUAAUAGCAACAACAGACUGAAGCGUUGUCGCCGACGUCGACGCCGACUGAUUACCAUUGUUGGAAAUCGUGUACGUUGGCGCAACAAGUCCAAUUGUGGGUUGGUUGAAUGUGUCUAGCAGCUAACGUCAACGUGAAAGGCGGAUGAUAGCAAACGACGGCGUCAACGAAGUUUACAACAACAACAAAAGCGACAUAGCGAAUACAACGAACGACGCUGCGAAGCUAGAAAUAACAAGUGCUUGUGCAGACCAAAGCAAGUCCAAUUAGAUAGCAAUGCCGUUGAAAUUUCUGAAAAAGUGUCGUCAAUACAACGUGACUUCGAAGAGCCUGUUUGUCAUCUCUGUGCAUCAUUUAUUGGAUACCUCCACUACAGUCGACUGCACGAUCAGUUCGGAGAGUAAAGGACAAGAGUGUUUGGACAAUGUCUGCCAGCGAUUGAAUCUACAAGAACCCGAGUUUUUUGGCCUACGCUAUGUGGUCAAGGGUAAAGAAGACGAAUUGAAAUGGAUUGAUUUGGAACGGUCGCUUAGCAGGCAGCUGGAAAAAUAUGCGGCGAGUACGAAAAUUUAUCUACGCGUGCGUCACUAUGUUGAUCCAUCGCGGCGAGACGAUUUGACGCGCUACUACUAUUUUCUGCAAUUGAAGAGUGACAUCUAUGACGGAAAAAUCAUCUGCGAUAUACGCACCGCCAUAUUAUUAGCGCUCUAUUGUCGACAGGCCGAGUAUGAUAGUCAUCAGAAUGACAAACAGACAAAGGAUUAUCUGAAAAAGUCACUUGUAUUGCCGAAAAAUUUACAAGGUCUAGCCAACGAUGAUAACCUCCUUGACAGCCUCAUUAUGGAAGUGCUGCAACAGAACGCAGGCAUCCAGCAUCUUCAGCAGUCUCAGGCCGAGGAGAUGUACAUACAGUGCUGUCAACAGUUGGAUGGCUAUGGCGAGGAGCGCUUUCAAGCAAAAGACACACUGGGUAAUGAUUUGCUGCUUGGGUUGGCUAUCAAUGGCAUGGUUGUGAUGGCUGACAAUGGCCGUCAGUAUUUCCCGUGGAAGGAGUCUCAAACGGUUUCUAUCGACAAACGUACCAUAAAAAUUGAGCAAAAUAAGGCCGAUGGCUCCAUUGUGGGCUCAUUUAUUUUUCCCGAUGCCGAUACUGCACGAUACUUCUGGAAGUUAUGCAUAACGCAGCAUAAAUUCUUUAAACGCUACAUCGAUGAGGAGUCUGUUUCGUCUAUGGGUGAUGCAGAGAGUGCAAAUGGCAAUUCGCUGAGCGUGGGCGGCGGCGGUGGUGGUGGUGGUGUUGGCGUUGGCGUGUCUGGUAUUAGUAGUGGUGUAUUAGCUGGCACAAUGGAUGCUUAUGCCUAUGGUGACUUCAAUGAUUCACGCGAAGAUUUGCUACUCGAGCAACAACAACGUGCCAUUUACAAUCCAAAUGCGUUAACGAGUGGCGGUGGUGGUGGUGGUGGCGCGCUUACAGCUGUUAAUCCGGAAUUCAUGUCAGCGCCAGCUCUACAUCAUGGCUUACUCGCCUCCACGCAUGGUUCUAAUGCGUUAAUGUCAUCCAAUAUUUCAUUAGCUGCCAGCCAUCAGUCUGGUGGUGGUGGCGGUGGUGGAGGAGGAGGAGGUGUUGGCGGUGUCGGCGGUGCCGGGCCGAAUGGCGCCAUGCAUUCGCAUAGCGUGGGCGCUAUAGCGCCUAGUUGGUUAACGAAAGAAUAUGGCCCCGAUUAUGCCUCGACGCAGCACUUGUCGAAUAGCAUGUUGGACACACGCCUGCAGCAAAGCAGCUCCUGCCUGGAUUUAAGCAAUAAUAACGGUACUAAUGUCAGCGCUGGCAGCACUUUUCACAGCAGCAGCAACAACAUUGUGCACGGUCAUCUGGGUGGCAGUGUAACGAAUAACAGCAGCAACGUCGCAUUGCACAGUGCUGACGCACAUGAGCGCGAACGAUUGAAAGCCAUGUUGCCCACUUAUCGACCUGCACCCGAUUACGAGACUGCCGUGCAAUUGAAAUAUCGUUCUCCCUCCAGCGAAUUGCAUCAUUCACAAAUGAACAAUUAUGCUAACUAUCAACCGCAACUGGCAUCAAGUGCCUCUGCUGUAGCUAUGAGCGCGACGCCUGCAGCCAGCGGUGCCAUUUACUACGCGGGCUCACAGCCUGAUGUACACAAUGCGUCAGCAAUGUAUGGCGAUGGCGUGUUGCUCAGUCAAUUAGCAUCGCAUCGUUACCCUGAUGUCGCGCAGCCAGCAGCUGCAAUGCAUGCACAACAUCAUCACCUAACCGCAGCGGGUGUGACAAUGUCACCUGGUGGCCAUAGCAACAGCACCAGCGGCGGAGGCGCAUAUAUUGAUUUAGGACAUCGCCUGCAAUUGGUGCGUAGUAAACCGCCACCGCCUUAUCCGGUCAACCGCUUGAAUUCUUCAUCAACACCUGACUUGGCGGUGGCUUCACAUCGGCCGCUGAUGGGCUACCGCGCUUAUGUGUCUGGCUCCUCGCCGGAUUUGGUUUCGAAUCGAAAUUUGAUUAAUUCACAUUAUCCAUACGGCAGUACUGUCGGCAGCAGCGUCGGCGUGGCACAAACAUCAGGUGGUGCAGCGGCUACAAAUCAUGCGUUGAUUCAUACUCAUUCCUCCUACAUGGGUGGCGGACACAUGGGCCAUUCGCAGUCUUAUUUGCCGCAUGGUACUUUCGAGAACUUGAAUAUGAUCGAGGAACAGCCAUCUAUACUGUCGCAGUUGCGGCAGGAUUAUUUAUUUUUGCCACAUAGUACACAAAGCUACAACGAACACACUUCACCAACUCUCAACAGCAGCGCCAACAACAACGUUUACCGUCCAACACCAACACAAGUGCAAACUCAGCAGCAGCAGCCACCACUGCCACAGGCGGCGCAAUCACAAACUCGUCCACAGCAGCACUUGCAAACGAACACUUCUGCUUCAUUAUCGCAUCGCAACACUUUAAACGGCUCAGCCGAACCUAUUUACGAGAAUGUGCCACAUGCGCGCUACGUGGCUGCAGAGCCAACGGUUCAACGCAAUUUGGAGCAGCGCUCCUCAGGGUCUUCGGCGACCAGUGAAGCGAUGCGUAACCGUACGGCUUCAAUACAAUCAGCCCCAGGUGGCAUGCACGGCCAGCCACAGCAGCAAAUGCCGCCGGUACCUGCUGUGCGCCAUCAUCAUCACCAACUUCAGCAGCAACAACAACAACAACAACAACAACAACAACAACAACAACAACAACAACAACAACAACAACAGCAGCAAAAACAACAACAAGCGCUUCAACAACAACAGCAAGUACUUUUGCAACAUCAGCAGCAGCAGCAGGCUGAGGCUGAAGCGGUGGCUAAUGCUGCGCUCAAUAUGCAUAAGUAUGCUGAGCGUGCUGCCAGCACAGAACUGCAGUUCUUAGAACCCACACCGCCGCAACGCGCAGUACGUGCUGCCUCUGCAGCACCCGCAGUUGGCCAUAAUAGCAGCAAUAGCCAGCAGGCCAUGAUGCAAACGCCGCCACCAAGGCAGAACCACCACGCCCACAAAGCACAGAUUAUGCAGAGUGCAUCAUCGGCUUCCUCCGUGGACAUAGCUGCAGCUUCAGGCGCCAGCAAUAGUGUCAUACGCGCUCGCACAACACCGCCCACGCAUGACGACUCAACAGACUCAAUUUUGUUAUCAGCGCAGCGCCAGUUCAGUGCCAUGAAUAUAUCAUCAAUUUCAUCCAAUGUCUCAGCAUCGGGGGCAUCUACCAUGCAGCAUUCUUCUUCGAAGCAUCAUCAUCGCUCACACAAUUCAUCUUCGUUGUUGGACACAACCGCCAACUCCAGCAACACCACAAAUAGCUCCAAUACAACAAAUUCUUCCAACACUACCGGAAAGGAGGGUAAACGUAAGAAAAUAUGGAAUAUUUUGGGGCGUAGCAAAACGCCGGAUAAACAGAAAUCUGCAACGCUCGGGCGCGAGAAAGCAUCCUCGUCGAAUGCCGCAAAGACGGCAGCUAAAAUUAAGCUCGCGCAAGACGAUUUGAAUUUGAUGCAUCGUUGGUCGACGGGCGUUCCGCGACUGCAGCCGAUUUCCGGCCAGUAUUCAAAGGAAAAAUUGUGUCCCAUACUCACUGAGAAACUGAACGAUCCGCAGCUCUUCAUCGAAUUUGAAAGCAUACCGAAGCGUCGUGAGUUGGCGCGCUACGACUGCGCGCUAAUGGACGAAAAUGCAAUGAAGAAUUCCGAUCCCAACUUUUUGCCUUAUGAUGAUAAUCGUGUGUGUAUCACGCCGACAAUGGAAAAUCGAACGGGCUACGUUAAUGCGUCGCGCAUAUCGGCCACAGUUGGCACAAAACAACGCUUCUACAUAAUCGCCCAAUCACCACAGGAAGAGUUGACCACACGCAUUUUCUGGCAAUGUGUUUGGGAAGCAGACGUCUACUUGAUUGUGCAGCUGUCGGAAGGCUUAAACUAUAUGCCACCAAAUAGCAAUCAGCGGCUCGAGUUUGGACAAUUCCAAGUGUAUCAGGAAUUCUCACAAACCACAGAUCGUUGCAUCACCAGCAAACUACGUCUAUUUCACAUACAAUCGCGUCGUUAUCGUUCCGUUUGGCAUUUGAACUACACCAAUUGGGGCGAACAGAAUUGUCCGCGUGAGGUCAAUCACUUUUUAGACUUUCUCGAGGAAUUGAAUUCAGUGCGUAUGGCUUCGAUUAACGAAGUACCGCCUGGCCAUAAUACCAAUCCGCCAGUGCUUAUACAUUGUUUGGAAGGUGGUGGACGUUCGGGCGUCACGUUGACCGCUGAUUUGCUACUCUAUACGCUGGAUCAUAAUGAGGAUUUGGAUAUACCACGCGUUAUUGGUCAAUUACGUCAUCAACGUGAUAGCAUCAUACCGUCCUUAGCGCAGUAUAAAUUCAUAUAUAGUUUACUUAUAACAUAUCUUAAGCGUACGCGUUUGAUUUGAGCGCCAAUUGCAAUUCGCUUUGACUUCAAAUCACUUCCCCCACUCUUGUGGCCAUUAUUACGAAAUUUACGCAAUUCUAAAUUGCAAUAGUUUUAAAUUAAGAGCAAAAAAAAACCGAAAAAAAUAAAGCGUGUCGCAAUUUACAACUAAGCAUGUUAAAGUUAAGAAACGAUAUUUAUAUUUUUACAAAACAAAUGUAAGCAAAAAAAGAGAAAAAGAAAAACAUAAUUGAAACACAAUGCAGUGAACGAACAACUAAUAAUAUGCGAUAAACUAGCAACUAAGUAGCAUUGUAUACAACCUAUUUUAUUACAUACAUACAUACUAACAUACAUAUUACAUAUAUGGUGCUUCCAUCUAAUUAAAACAAGUGACGAUGCCACUCGUUAAACUAAAAUACAUAACGUCCACACAAAGUUUGGUUAAAAAUGGUCUGUUUUCACUGCAACAGUCGAGUUUUGCAUUAAGGCAUUUGAAAACUGCCAUUAAAGGUUGAAAAUUUAAUAAUCGGUUGUAUUGAACUGAUCUGUAUUGUUAUACAUAUUGUAUUUUUUGAAGAUUUGAAGACAAGUGUUAGGUAUUUCAUGCAACUUCCAUAUCGUUAUGCAUCAAAGUUUCAACUUAUAAAUUGCACACAUACAUAUCUUGUUACUCUACACUUCAUAUCAUUGAAAAACUUCAAUUAGGCAUUAUUUUUAAAUUGUUUAUGAGCUUUUGAGAAGCUUACUGAACAACAUAUGUAAAUCGCAUGUAUCAUGUUUUUUUUUCUUGUUACACUUUAAGGUUUUGAGCCUGCUAUGUCUGAUGUAUUCUAUGCAUGUAUGUAUGUAGGUAGUGUUUAAUAUAAGUGCAAAAGUAAGUGCCUCCAGCUGCAUUGGCAGCUCAUUUAAGUAGACAACAAAUUUAUUAUAAUAUGUAUGCUAACUAUAAAAAAUAUUUUUAAUUUUUUUUUUUUUUUUUAAUUUUGGCAGCAUGGAGGAUGGUAUUGUGACAGAAAAAAUAAUGACUUAUUAGAACGAACGAAGCGUAGUAUAUCAUUGUAGUCAGUCAGUUUUAUUUGCACAAAAGCAAUAUUUUAUUGCUUUUGUUGUAAUUCAUAUAUUAUAAAUUUAUCAUAAGAAAAAUUAACAAUAAAUGAUAUCAUUCAUUAACAAUG